AGAAUCAAUAAUUAGAUCUCCUCCAUAAAGAUUAUCGAUAUCAACCUUCAACAAGAAACAACUAGAAAAAUUAAGAAAGAAAAACACACAUCCCCAUUAAUACCGAGGAAGAGGAAGUUGAAAACCCUUGGGCUGUCCCUUGGUGGGUGUUUCUUUAGGUUUUCUUGUUCGCGACGAUUUUCGGUGGCUUGUAAAUGGCAGCGUAUAGGCUCCUGAUUUUCUCCCUCUUUUUGGCCCUAGUUUUCACCAAGAUUGGAGCCGAUGCCUCAACUGAACCGCUGCUUGAAUCGGACGCCGCCGAUUCUUCUGCUCUUAAGAUGGAGUUGGAUCAACUGAAGUCUAAGAUCCGUCUUCUUGAAUCAAAUGUUGUGGAGAAAAUUCGAGAAUUGAAAACCAAGGAUGAGAUGAUAAAGCUGAAAGAUAAAAUUAUAGAAGAAAAAUCUGACAGCAUGGCAUCGUUGCACUCUGAAUUAUCAUCUCUUCAGAAAAAAGGAACCUCAGAUGCUGAGGAACGGGUGGGAAAAGCUCAUGCGAAAGCUCUUGAAUUGCAGAAACAGGUUGAUAAACUUAAAACUGAACUAGAAGCAAAAUUGAAGGAUAAAGAUUAUUUGGAAUCCCGUGCAACUAAAGCUGAGAACAAGUUGAAUGAAUUGAAUUUGCAGCUAGAGAAUCUUCAAAAGAUCAAUAAGGAACAGGAGAACAAACUAGCAAAAACUGAGCGAGCUCUAAAAAUUGCAGAGGAAGAACUGAUAAAGGCAAAGUUUGAGGCCACUUCAAAGGCAAAUGAGUUGAUGGAGGUUCACAGCGCAUGGCUCCCACCUUGGCUUGCUACACAGUUAAUUCGUGGUCAGGCCUUCAUUCAGACACAUUGGAAUCAGCAUGGAAAACCAAACAUGGAUAUGGUGAUCCAGAAGGCUCUAGAGAGAAAGGCCUUAGCUAAAAAGUGGGCUGAACCCCACAUGGAAGCAAUUAAAACCAAAUGGGUUCCAGCUGCUAAGGAUCAGUGGGUGGCGGUAACUACAUAUGCUGAACCACAUGUGCAAUCGCUAACUGCAAAAACUGUUGAAAUUUAUGAGGUAUCGAAGGCUACAAUAACUCCUCAUAUUAUCAAAGUUCAAGAAACAGUUGAUCCUUACUUCCAGGAAGCCAAGAAGUUCAGUAAGCCAUAUAUUGAUCAGGUUGCUACUUUAGCAAAGCCUCAUGUUGAUAAAAUUUCUGUGGUGAUGAAGCCCUAUACAAAGGAGGUAGUUAAAGCUUAUGGGAGGUUUUUGGAAUCAGCAACAACAUACCAUCAACAGGUUCAAGCCUCUGUGCAAGAAACUUUGAAGAAGCAUGAGCUGACAAGACCUCUUGCAACCAAAGAGCUUGAAUGGUUUUCGGCAUCUGCUCUAUUGGCUCUACCUAUUAUUAUUUUGUUCAGAAUAUUUUCAGCAAUUUUCUGCAAAAAGACAAAGAAGCGUGUUCGACAUACUAAUGCAGUCCACCAUGGUCGUCGUAAGGGCAAAAGGGGGCACACAGACAAGUAGACUGCGUGUAUUUAGGUUUUGGUCUCUGAAUGUUGGGAAAUAUUAGAGGCUAACUGGACGUAUGUUUUUACUUUUUAGGGGCUCUAGGUGAUCAUGUUGGGUAGGGAGCUGUGGUGUUGCAAUUGGAAGUAUUUAAUCUUCUCUUACCCCUCAAGGUCCCUGGUUUUAAUAUUAUUAUUAUUUUUUGGGGAGGGUGUGGAAUUAGAAAAAGUUAAGAACCCUAGUGAUGCUACAAGGUUGAAAUCUUGAGAUUCCUAGUUUUAGGAGUUGUGUAUUUUAUUUAUGUUAGUGUAAUUUUUUUUUUUCUUCUGGAUUCACAAACGAAACAACUCAGUCUCUGUUUCAGAAAUCAUCAUACUUUUUAAGUUGAGACAUCCAAGGGGUUUUAUACUCUA